AUGUCGAACGUCGAACCAGGAAAAGCUAAGGCUGCAGGGAUCGUGGGUAUUCUAAUCCUCAUCACAGCCCUUGUCAAUAUUAUCUGUGGCUGCAUAUAUGCUGGUAUGGGUGCCAAAGAUGGUUCUGGUCUUUGGUCCGGUUUUGGGGUAAGUGCACUUUAUGUUUUUGUCGAGCGUACUAUAGUACCAGAGCUCGACGGCGUAGAGGCACACGAGGGAGUGAGGACUCAAACCCGAAUACGUAGCACCCGCAAAGACCAGUUCGCUUGCUUCGGUUCGCUUCUAACGCAUUUGUUUGUGUGCUAAAGGGCUUCUAAAUUACUUUCCUCUAUUGGCUAUAUAUGAACGAUUUUACUGAUUUUUCUGAUCGACUCCUUUUGCUCGUAAUUAAGCAAGUCGAAAGCUAUGUACCUGGUAAAUACAACGUCCCGAAUUUUUAAAAUGUUUGGUGCAUACUAUUUUUAGGUCUCAUGAACUAGCUUCCAAUCAGGACAUGUUAUCAUUUUUUCCAGUAAAAUACGUUUGUUUAAAUUUGAAUAUGUUCCAAAAAUCUACAAUAUAAUUGUGGUUUUCCCGCUUAUGGAAACUAUUGUAAUCGUUUUUUCCAUUUUCAUAAUUCAUCAAACAGAAAAAAUAGUCAUUUAAGGACUUCAAGGGCAAAUAGUCUUUCGUUAGGGUCAUUUUUUUGCUUGUUUAUAUAUUAUCAAGAUCCAAAAAUACCCGAUUCUUCAAAAAGAUGUUACAUAAUCGAAGAAACUUUUGUCUGAUUAUCAAGUUCAAACUGUGCGGGAGCCACGGGUGGUAUCAAAGUACAUCUAUUAUCCUCGGACUGGGAGUACAGAAACUUUUAUCGGCGACUGAGGUUUAUUGGACAAGAUUAAAUUUUGCGACUGUCGAAUAACAAAAAAAAGCGAAAACUUAGCGAUAAAGAAGGUCUUGGUUAAGUUUUCUUCAGAGCUAGUUGCUACGGGACCUCAGUAACUAGCCGCCCAAGAUAACUUAAUCCACAACAAUCUGUUACUAAGGGUGAAAUCGCUUAUUCAAUUUUUUGCUAAUUAUUUGCUGAAUCCCCAGUGUAAGCACGGGGAGUCCGAAUGCUAUAUAGCUAUUUUAAAGCUUUAUAGGUCACGGAUCCUAAUUCAAUAAAAAAGAAACAAUUUUCCAGCUCGUCUUUGUCUAUCUUUGGUUGUUUUGGAAGGGUUUUGCAUUGACGCAAAGACAGUUUCUCUUUUUGAUCUCAAAGCAACAUCUCCGGCAAAUUUGUCAAAGCUGUGAAUGGAGAAACCUAUUGCUUAACGACAAAUGAUGGCAAGAAAACACUUUUUCGUUUAUUACGCACUAACAGUUUGUAUUUAUUUAGAAAUCGGUUAAACGAAAUUUAAAGAAAGUAAAGAUCGUAAUUUCGCGUUAUAUUAAGUCAUCUCAUUUAAUACAGAUCUUAAAAAGCAGAUUACGUUAAACAAAUUAAGAGGUAUGAGGGUUGAAACCUAGGUUUGAUCGAAUCCCGUCGAAAGCACAAGACUGUUACGAAUCCUUAUGCGUUGCUCAUGGUAUUGGGUCUUGCGAUCAGGCGGUCCUUGUCCAUUCCUGUUUGCAUGGGAGGCGUCCGCCGACUUACCCUGGGUACCAGAGGUUUUUCUCGCGCAAGCCACGAGCGGCGAAGCCGCGAGAAAAACGCGCUUUUCGCGCGGGUCACUAUAAAGACUUGACAGAAACCGGAAACAGCGCGAGAAAUGUCUCUGGCACCCAGGGUACCGCCGACUUUGGUCUUUCCCCAAAGAAAGAAGCCUGAUCGCAGGUCAUCAGCCAGCCGGCGUGUAGUAGUCAUUUGAACAGGUCUAAGUUCGACUGAGAAAUGAUACACAAUGUAUCCUCGUUCUGCACUUGCAAAUCAAUAAGUAAGGCAUUUGGAUAUGCAUGAAUUUUUAACUUUAACUUUAUUUUUGUUUCCUUUUACAGCAAUUAGUCAUUGGCAUCCUAGGAAUUGUGACAUGGGUGAAAUUAGCCAAAAUGCCGGUAAGUUCAUCAUUUUAGCAUUGAAAAAGGAACAUAACUUUAAUUCCCUGAUGUCACAGUCAUUCAAUGAAAGCAGCAAAAUUUGACAGCUCUGGAAAAUAGUUAUGAGUACUCGGUCAGUUCUUCAAGUGUAAGGGCAAAAUACAGAAUUCUAUUACACAAACACCAACGAAAUACCAGGUGAGCUUUCGCGCGAAAACAUGAGAUCUUCACAUGUGAAAAUAACGUUAUUUUCACAUGUGAAAAGAUCACCGUUGCUAUGGCUACAUAAUAAAUCGCGCCUUUCGCAGCAAAAAAAUUUUUAAGUGAAAUGGUUUGGAAUUUCAUUGGUGUUUAUAUAAUAAAUAGAACAUUAUAUGGCCGCUUGGAGAUACGAAAUAUCUCCGUGCGGCCAUGUAGUAUCCUCUAUUUAUUUACCAGUAAACAAAGAAAGGAGGGAAGUAGAAAACGGGAGAUCGCGGAGACAUCUGGCAGAUUUUAUUUUCAAGAUGGCGGGAAGAGUAGUGGCGGACGAUUACCAUAUAUAUAGGACUGCUUCGCACGCAAACGUCUUUCUCUCUCGGUGUCAAUUUACGCGUAAAGGAAGGCGGGAAUUUUCUCUUCUCUAGUCAAACAAAACCGUUUUACCCGCGAUUUUUUGAACCUAACCAAAUCUUCCAAAGAAGACUAGGAAAAUCUGGAUUCAACAGUACGGGGCGCUCUGGUCAAGCCGUUUUUUCACACAGAAUUUUAUAUUCCGCUGUAAUUUGAGUUAAUACUUGCUAGGUUUCUUUGACGCAGUAGAUUUUAAUAGAGAUCCAGACUACAACCAUGAAUGACUUACUCAGGAAUACUCCUUACUACAAUCACAUGUUUCGUUUAAGUGAACAUGAUCUGAAACAAAACGAAUUGAAACCAAUCCAUACCAUAUAAUUUAUAGUUCUUGUUUCGCUUAUGUUGACCCUGUAGUGUAUGUCUAUUUUUUUUUCCCUUUAGUUUGUCUUUUUCUUGGUCAUGUCCAUUUUGUGGUUGAUCAUAUGUAUUGUUCAAGUGGUCGUUGCCCUUAUAGCUUGGUUGAUCUGGUACAUAAUCAGAAAGGGCGUAGAACAACACUGCUAUCAGGGUACAGACAGUUGUCUUUGCUCUGGACUUGACAAGAGUGUUCCCAUCCCAGGUAAAUCAUUAUUCCUUUUUAUUCCUAUAGAGGUUAAAGCAACAAUGCACAAAAAUUCCUUUUUGUAGAGUCCUUAAGCUCUACAAAAUAGGACAGUUUCAUUUACGUAGCAUAGGACUCGCCCAUAGACUUUGUCUAGGAGAGAAUUGAAAAAAAUCGAAUUAUAAUAUUACUGUCCAAACUGCGAAAUGCGUCUACUGUAGGUAGACAUCCAGGAGAGUAACUCCCUUAUUAAGCCUAAUUCCCAACAGGAUAUGGUUUUGGAGGAUUAUGGUUUUAAGUCAAACAGCGGCAAUACAUUUUCAUUAUUUAGGGUUCUGAACAGGGGUGUUUGCUCUAAACCGGAAGCCUUGAACAUGGUGUGAACCUUGGUGGUGCGCGACUUUUUAAAAAUAAAUCUAUGUUAUCAGCCAUAUAUAAAAACACUUAACUCUGUGAUACGAAAUGAAGUGGCCUGGAAUAAAGAAACUUUGUCUUAAGCUGGGUCAGAGUUUGAAGGCCUUGGUGGCAGACCACAACUGAAACUUUCUUUAAAUGCCCCCGACCCUGCCACCCCAUAUAGAUAUCUGAGUCUCUUCGAGUCCAUUAAGGGACGAACCAUUAGAAAACUUAUGGGCGAGGGGGGGCGGACGAAGUACAAAAAAAUAUUCGCGCUAGGGGAAAUUAAAUGAAAAAAAAUUCAUGCACCCCAAUUAACCCUAAAAAAUAUUCAUGCUACGGCCUAAAAAAAAUUCAUACAAGGACGGUUGGUAACGAAAAGAAAUUCCCCACCUCCCCUCCCCCCUCCAUAACUUUUCUAAUGGUCCGUCCCUUAAUGCCUAUCACUAUGUAGUUGUUAAGUCUCUAUUUAUAACGAAAAAAAAUUCCUGCGGCUCGCAAAUUCCCCACUCCCCGACCCCCUCCAUAACUUUUCUAAUGGUCCGUCCCUUAAUGCCUAUCACUAUGUAGUUGUUAAGUCUCUAUUUAUAACGAAAAAAAAUUCCUGCGGCUCGCAAAUUCCCCACUCCCCGACCCCCUCCAUAACUUUUCUAAUGGUCCGUCCCUUAACGACUAUCACUAUGUAGUUGUUAAGUCUCUAUUUAUUUUUCUCCAUAGUGUCAAAGUGCAGCAACAUCAAGGUCAUCGAAAGCUGCAUCAUUGCAAUUGUGAUCACCACUGCUCUCUCCGUCAUUCUGAUUUUCGCUGCUUCUAUUAUUGGUUGCAUGGGAGUCUGCUGCACUAAAUCCGAGGUAAGUCAUUUGUAAAGAUUGGAACACUUUAUCAUAUCGAUAGCCGCCCUUUUUACUUAAGGAAACCAAUCAACUCCAGAUUGAUAAUCUCACUUUAAUAGAAGAUUAUUGAAACCAAAUAUUGUAAUGGGAUUCUGUUUGUGUAACGCUGUUUUCAAACUCUAACGUUUGCAAAGAAAGUGCCUAUGGUUGGGUUAAAGCUUUGGCCAGUUUGGCAUAUAUUUUUUUCCCUUAAAAUUUCUUGUAACGGUUACCAUAACCUACGAUCAGGCGUUCUUUUUUUAUGGGGGAGUGCAAAAGUCGGCGGACCGGAAAGUAAAGGGCAGGAACUCCUCCUUCCCACGAAAGAUUUAUAAAGAUAUUGCCGACGUUAUGAACGCAGGCUAGGGUGACUCAGUUAAGCUGCUUGGCUCUCUGUCUAUUGAAGUCAACUGAGUUCUAUUUACAUUGAUUCUUCCUCUUAGGAGAGAGUCUGCUUCUCAGUUAUCAGUUACAUAUAUUUUCAGCGAUUUCUCAGCAAUUCAAACCCUUAGGAUAAAUGCAUGUCACUUAACGUUUCAUUUUGCCCACACAAAUGUUAGCAACCUCGAAAACUCUCAGUAUUCACAAUAACCUACGAGCAAGCCCUUGUCACGGCAUGGUAGGGUGGAGUAACCUCCUCUUUCCCACUUUCCUUAGACAAAAAUUACUCCCGGCUCCUGUGCAGACUAUAGUCAUAUGUUAACUUGAAUUUGAUUAAGUAGCAAGUGGGCCAGAGUGUGCGUAAAACAUCGGCCACUGCGACUUGAGUGUUAUUGAUCCGACCGACCUUCAGUCGCGUUAUAAAAGCACAUAGCGUUAUAAAAGCACAUAAUCCUCCUAUGAAUCUCUACAAAAGCACAAGAAGCGGUAGCUCGAUCCCUUUUUUCAUUAAUUUGAUUGUUUUCUUCAUCUUCUUUCUACUUAGACUAACGUUGUCGUCGUGCAGCAGCCAGGGAUGGUAAUGACACAGCAAGUGUCCGAGCCUCCUCCAAAGUACUAG